GGAAUAGCUCCAAUCAAGCCCACUUUACAUGUCUUAAACCAUUUCGAAAGCAUUUAUUGGCUCUAAUUUUCUCCAAUUAUAUUCUUACCUUCGCCAGUGAAAAACCCUUUUCCCUUGUUAAUGGGAAACACACCGAAAAAGGAGGGAUUAUUUUGACCAUUUAACCACCUUCAAGAACCUUCAAGCAGCGAGAACGAUCCAAUCCUCUGACCUGACCCCUUAAAUUAUGCAUGCGUAAUUUGACAAUUAAUAUCCCACGCCACGGUGAGGUACACUGAGUUUGCCUCGAAAAGGACCGGAAUUCGCUCCGAGAAAAGGAAUAAAUAAUUAAAGCAAAUAUAUGUCUCCAAGUAGAAUUCUCAGAUCGAAAAGUCAUAAAAGAUGAGCGGUGAUAAAAAGGUACGUUCUUGUGUUGAUUUUGGGUUGUUGUGUAAGACAUCACCGUACGGGAAGCAUGACGUUGCGGUCAAGCAGUGAGGACGAUCCAACUCUGACGUUGAAUUUCCGGACGCUCGAACGAGUGUUACGGUUUGUGGCCUCGUGGCCAACGGACUAUAAUCCGUACCUACCGAAGUAUUUGCGCGGUCAGUAUCUACUAUCGCAGCUGAUCGAUUCGUGCUAUCUGCUGUUUUGGUUCUUCAUCUGCGUACAUAUAGCGGCGUUCCACAUCGUGUCGAUACUGACGAUCGAUUUCAGCUAUGACGAACUAUUUCUUACGCUGAUCACUACCAGCAUCUACUCGAUCAUGAUACCGCUGAGCGCGUAUCUUCGUCUGUACGAGUCAAACAUACGGCAGCUGUACGAGUUUGCUACGAAACACUUUCGAAAGCGUUCCGCAGCGGGCAUCCACUACAUCUCGAUCAGUUCCAGCAUUCGGUUCACCAAUCGGUACCAGUUCUGGUGGCUCGUUAUCUGUGUGCUCGGCACAAUGCAUUGGGCAAUCUAUCCAAUACUAUCGCAGGAACGAACGCUACCCUUUCCCUGCUGGUAUCCGGUCGACGUUCAGCAGUCGCCGAUGUACGAACUGGCCUACAUCUUUCAGGUGCUCGGACAGCUGCAGGUGAGCCUUGUGUACGGGUUGUCUGGAGCACUCUUCAUGGUGCUGGUAUUCAUGACCUGCAGUCAGUUCGAUAUGCUGUGCUGCAGUCUAACAAACAUUCGUCAAUCGGCCAUGAUAUUGAAUGGAAGCUAUCAGACGGAACUUCGCCAUUGCCAAGAAAACCACGAGAUAGACACACGCGAGUACGUCCUCGAGGAAGUGUUCCGAGAGGAUCUAGAGAAUGUGCAGCCGACCAAAACCAUAUCGAAGCUCGACCAACUGUCACCAUCCCAAACGUACCUGAUGGAACUCUCGUCAGAGCUAACGUGCGUUCUGGAGGACUGCAUUAAACAUCAUCUACUACUUCUCCGCUUCUGUCAACUACUCGAAAACUGUUACCAUCCAUACAUCCUGCUAAAACUGUUCCAGAUUCUACUUCUGCUUUGCUUCCUCGCAUUCAUGGCAACAGAAAGUUUGUCUACAAUGAAAUUAAUUAACGUGCUCGAGUACUUCAUGCUCACGAUGACGGAACUGUAUCUGUACUGCUUUCUCGGACACAUCCUCAUGAGCCAAGGCUUGAAGGUAGGUGACGCACUGUGGAAGUCUCCGUGGCAUCUGUGUGGUGCAUCCUAUCGCCGUCGUAUGUUGAUUAUCCUGAUGAACGCUCAGCGGCCGGUACGCUUGACUGGUUGGAAGUUGUACGAGUUAAACCUGGAAACGUAUUACACGGUUGGUAGAACUUUGUGCUUCUACAUCUAUGCGUCAUUGAGAUAUGUUUUUUUGCUUUUUUCUCCCCGGCAUUACAGGUUCUUAAGGCGGCAUUUUCGUACUACACAAUUAUAAAAAAGUUUCGUUAACAGUUUUACUUUUGAGCGUCUUUCAUCUUUAUCCUGCAAUUGAUGCUUCAUUCCCAUAGCAAAAGUUCCAAAGCUUCAUCCAUCAAAAGAUACGAACCGACAACCAUUUGUUCACCGUUUAUUUCAAUCCCUAUACUCAAAAAAAAGCAGAAAUGAUUCCUAACCAACGAAACCAAAAACCUUACCUCAGUGUAUCUGAUUUUAAUGAACGGUUCGGUUAAACACUCUUGCUCAGGAUUUUAUGUACCGCAUUAUCCUUCGUCAAAUGCUCGUACGUGUACGAUGGAGCUCGUGUAGCAAAAGAGACGAGAUGGAAAAUUAUUCUACUAGCACAUAGUUUCUUAUUCAUUCAUAUGCACAUGCCUUGAGCAUACCUUUCAGUUGGGAUUGGACACAAAAGGGAUGGGCCCAUCCUGAGGCAUCCAUGUUUAAAAGGUACGCAUUCCGUCUACGCUUUCCGAAAAUUCAGUUCCAGGACUAAAAUUCACUCCGAUCAACACGAUUUUGACUUCUGUUCUAGACCUUUACCUCGAUCCUUCCUCAGGAUGAAGGUUCCCCAAUUGGCAGGAUGUGCUCGGCAUUCGGAAAGAUGGCUUCAUUGAUUCUGAGCACGUGUCAUCUACGGGAGACAUCGUCGUCAUCGAAUGAAAUUCCCAACUUCCCUUUAAGCUUUUUCCAUUCAAUGAAAGGCGGAAAAUCAACGUUCAAACAUUAAAGUCAGCACUUGUAUGAUGCAUGGAGACGAAAGCAGAUAAUCUUGGUGAUGUAGUCAUCAGACUCAAUCUUUUCAGAACGCUUCAGAAUGGUACGAUAGUUGUACAGAAGAUUGCAGAUGUUUUUUAAUUAAAUGCUCUGAAAGGAUAGUUUCCAUUUGGAAAAUUCUUUGAUGUUUCAUAAAGGGAGAAGUUAAUUUGAACGGAUUCUCCAUUUUUUUCUUCAUUCUACUACCUUUUAUUAAGGAAGUUCUACUUAUAAUCUUCCCUGCAGAUACGGCUUGUUUGCAUCAUAAAGUUAAGAAAGGAGUCCGUCUUACGUCCAUGUACUCGUUCUCGAAUAAAUGAAUAAAAUCACGUCCACCAUCAAACUUCCUUGCCUAAUGUUUAAUAAAGAAUCAACCUUCACCGUAAUAUACAUUAAGAAUAGUCCUUUUUCGUGUCCUUGAACUCGCUUACUUCAGUUAUAUUUUCGGUGUUAACAAAAGCCAUUAUGCAACCGCUUUUCUUUUCUGCUCCGUGUACUGAGUAAUGAUUGAGCAGUGUAAUGAAACUGUUUCAUAAAUGAAAAACCCCCGGAAUAUGGAACAAUGCCAAUGUAAUCCUGCAGUUUCCGUGCCGUUCCGAGCCCAUUUUUAACGGUUCUUUGUGUGCCACGUGGUUUUUCCAUACAGAGUUAUCGUUGUAGUUUGAGAAUUGGCUCGGAGCAUUACAUUGACAUUUCGUGGUUUGCUUUUUUUAUGAGCGGCACCAUGUUUUUCACCACCGAGAAACAUUUCAAUUUCCUUGUGCUUUUUUUUACAGCGCCACCAGUACAAUGGCUCGUGGUACAAAUGUGUGUUGGAAAAGCCGAAUGAAAAGCUUCGUACAAUACAAUUGGGAUUUUGCGAAAAGUGGAACCAAGUAUGAAGGAUAUCAUUGUUACAUUUGCGUGCAUACUUUACAUUAUCUACUCAAUCUAUUGUAAGAAAUAUUGUGACUGAUAAACAAUACAAGUGUUCAACAAAUCUUGAUUAACGAAAGAACAUUUAUCCACCAGGCACCAGGAAAACCCGCGAUCGAUAAAUUAUGUAUUCCCCAUUCUAUUCGCAUCAGCCGCACAAGCCGAACGUAUUUAACAUGCUAAAUUGCUCAGAAAAUAUUUGCCCAAAAGUCUUCGUUAUCUCGACACUGCUAAACACCUUCUUUUUAGGACUAUUUACGUCCGGGAAACGCACCUCCAACAUCGAUCCCCCUGCCAGUUUGUGGAGUCGGCAAUUCGCUGGCUUGGUUUUUCGAACCCAGACUAAUGCUGUUUGCCCUUCGUUUUGCUAACACUUUGGUAAACUCUGUUCCAGAAACUUUCGCUUUUCCGAACGCUUCUUGCACCGGCCCCCGAAGAAACAGCCUCAUGUCCUCGUAGUCGAUGAUUUUCCGGGACGAUAAUUUGGUGCGUUAAUUUAUACACCCCCCAAAAAAGGCGGUGGGCAGGAUUGUAGUGAAAGACAACGCCGGCUGGAGAAGCGGAAGUCAUGCCCGGUUGGGCUAUCGUCCAGCAAAACCUUUUGGUGGAUGUUGCUUUGGUAAACAGUUCGUUACACCCUCCACAGUGCUAGGAACAAAAAGCAAACACACACACACAAACUCGAAUGCUUUUGAACUUCACCA